AUGACUGCCCAUUCUGUCUUCAGAAUGAAGAUUCCCAGGAAGAGGCUGAUGAUGCCGCUUUGCAAGAGAUGGAGAUUGAGGCAGCAAUGGAAGCAGAGGCUGUGGCUGAGGGGGCAAAAAGAAAGACCAGAGAAGAGGCAGCUUCGCCUGUCCGAGGACAACGCAGCCCAGUGCCGCCCACCCAAAAAUCCCCAAGAGGGUGGAAGUGAAGCAGCCCGCUUGUCCAUUCCAAGCUUUGGGAUUGACAUCUACGACCUGAGUCGGACCAGCAAGGCAUCUACCACGGUGAAGGAUCCUAUGCACGACGCCAUGUCGGAGUACUUGGCUUGCAGGGAUGAAGCACAAAGCCUUUCGUUGCUUCACACCAAGAGCACAUAUCAAGGGCUUGGAAGCCCAGAGGCUUCUUAUCAAACCGUUCUGAAUGCAGCCUUGAAAGACCCCAGGGACCACCACGCUGUGGCAUCAGACUUUGCCUUCAGAACUCGAGAAGUGCUGCCCGUGCCUUUCAAAGUCAGCUUGAGAACCAUUGCCCGCAAGGAAGGUUGUGAGCCUGAGACAUUCAUGGCGCCGAUCCUCAGCAACAUUGGCACGCGGCUUCGAUUGCAGCCUGAUGAGGAGCACCGACGUGGCUGCGUAGUCCAGAUUGUUUGCGCAGGUGACCCCAGCAUGCGCAAGAGUUAUUUGAAGGAUUUUACCUGCAAAAAGCUUCUUUCCCAUGCAGAUGUCCCUGCUGUCAUCAAGGCAGGUGGCGCCACAUGCACGGAUGCCACCAUCAAGGGUCUUCGUGCUUCUAUCAAGAAUAUGCCCGAGCUGGCAUCAUUUCGGAUGAGAUUGCCACAACAAUGUGCCAUGACAUCCGGGAGGGAGACCCGACACUCAGGUCUGCAUUACGGCAACAAAGAAAAGAUGUGCACUUGGCUGAACUGCGAAGAUGACAAGACAGUCACUGGAGAUGGUGCCACGGCGCUGACUCAUUACACCUUCGUUCACCAAGUGUAUGGACAGGUGUCGCUUUGUGAGUAUGUGCUCCAGCCGACUGCAAGCAUGUUUUGCAAGAGAAUCCAUGCGACGUGGCAAACAAGGCCAGUGACAAGUGACCCUGAUCAGCAGAGCCAGUCCAGCAAAGAGUUCCUGAUUGACUUCUUUGGUUGGAUGGGGCGCGUGGCAAGCAACCAGGACAAAGACCACUAUUUUGACAAGUUCGCCUUGCCCGUGCUCAGGAAGGCUUUGCAGGGAAUCUCCGACUUCUUUCACGAGAAUCACGAGAAUCACGAGAAUGUAGAGGAACCAAUCUAA